AGAGAGAGAGGCGCGGAGGAGCUGCAAAACAUGGUAAUCACCACCAACAACAUCACCAUCACCACCACCAUCACCUCCAGCUCUGCCGCGCACUCUCCCGUCUCCUCUCCUCCUCUGCGCCGGGACUUGCGUUUCAUGCCCAAAGCCCUGAUCUGCGCUCCAAAAAUAACCCUCAGCCAGCAUGCCGAAGGAAGCAAAACAAGAAGAGCGGUAUUUUUAGGGUCAUUAAUUUCGACCACGUGGCCCGAAGGUAAACCGGAUGGCCGUUGCGCAAAGGCUCCUCGUCAGUAUGUCCUGCGAGGCCGGCACGCCGCACUGGACGCUGACCGCGGCGCUCCUCCUGGGCUUUCUGCUGGGGAUCGUGUCAGCGUACCCGUUACCGAGCGGCAGGACGAAUGCAACUUUGCUGGAGAAACGGUGGGAGACCCUCUUCUCCCGCUCUGUGCUGGGGAUCUCCGGGGAGAAACCGGAGCUGAACUGGGAGAGUGACUAUCUGCUGGGCAUCAAAAGAGUGCGGAGGCUCUACUGCAACGUGGGCAUCGGGUUUCACCUUCAGAUCCUCCCCGACGGCAGGAUAAACGGUGUACAUAAUGAAAACCAGGACAGCCUGAUAGAAAUCUCCACGGUGAGCAGAGGAGUGGUGAGCCUGUACGGGGUGAGCAGCGAGCUGUUUGUCGCAAUGAACCGCCGGGGGAGGUUAUACGGAACGACAGUCUUCCAUGACGAGUGCAAGUUCAAGGAGAGCUUGCUCCCCAACAACUACAACGCCUACGAGUCCCUGGUGUACCGAGGGUCCUACAUCGCCCUCAGCAAGUACGGCCAAAUGAAGAGGGGCAACAAGGUCACCACCGCCAUGACCGUCACGCACUUCCUACCCCGAAUAUGAUGAUCAGAGAAACGGGCAAUAACUAACUUAUUUGCACAUGUGGAUUAUUUCCCAGGUAACACCGAUACCAUAUACGUACAUACAAAACACAAAAAGACAACAUGGACUGUUAAAGGAAGAAACAGUUAUAUCUGAUAGUAUUUAUUCAGACUUUAUAUGUAUAUUUGGGUAGCUUACUUUGUAUUAGAAAUGAAGGAAAUGCCAUUCUUUGCUGCUUUUAUGAUUUUUGUCUGUUGUGGGCUGACGGGGAUGGAGAGGCGCCGCGGGGCCCCUCGGGUUUUAUGGGUGCUUGCUGG